UCAUAUUUCAUCAGAAAUGAGAAAGCGACUCAUUCAGAAUAUAGUAACCUUAAAACCAAAAGUCAGCAUUCAAGUUGAUGAAAGCACAAGUGUCUCUAAAAAAACCACACUGAUCUUAUAUGUGCGAGCAAUUAUGGUGGCAAUGGCAGGUGAAAGUUCUGAAGAUUGCCAACCCACAACUUUUUUUCUUGAUUUAGUUGAGCUUGAAAGUACAACAGCCCAGGGCAUUUAUGAUUCCAUACUAGCCACUCUGAGCAAACAUGGCUUAUCAAGAAGUCUUUUGUCAGAAAUUCUAAUUGGUUUUGGAAGUGACGGAGCAGCAGUAAUGCUUGGUUCUAAGUCUGGAGUUGCCACAAUUCUACGUAAGGAGUUUCCAAACCUCAUCAGUUGGCACUGCCUAAACCACCGCCUAGAGCUAGCUGUUUCAGAUACAGUGAAGGAUCUCACAGAGAUAUUUCACUUUCAGUCUUUUGUAGAUAGUCUGUAUACACUAUACAGCCGUUGUCCAAAGAAUUUGAGAGAGUUACAGAAGUGUUCAGCAGAACUCCAUGACAUUGUUUUAAGUAUAGGUCGUGUACUUGAUACCAGAUGGGUUGCUUCAAGUUUCAGAACAGUAUAUGCUAUAUGGCGUUCAUAUCCUGUGUUGUUCAAGCAUUUUCAAGAACAGGUGCAAUGCAAAGGUAAAGAAAGCACAAAGUUUUACUCAUUGAGUAGGCAAUUGCAAAGUGAGGAGUUCCUUAUGAAUUUAGCCUUAAUGUGUGAUGCUCUGUCAGAACUUCGUGACCUUUCAUUAGCUUUACAAGACCGAAAUAUUCACUUAGUAAAAGCUCAAAGGCUAUUAGUGAGGCAGGUUCAAGUUUUUGAGUCACGCAUUGACAAUGUAACAGGAAUGUUUUCAAAUGAGGCUUCUGAAUCUAUCUCGACAGGACAUUUCAAAGGAGUAGAACUUAUUAAAAAUUCGAAAGUAAAAACCAUCAGACGUGGACAGUUUUAUGCUAGCCUAAAAUCUAAUAUUGAAAAUCGCUGUCUGUCAUCAGAAGACAAAAAGUUUUACGAAGUUGUUAAAGUUAUUUACAAAGACUUCUGGCCUGAUGUCUUGCCAAUGGAGUUUGGUGAAAAAGAGUUGAAAACCUUAUGUGACCGUUUCCAAAUUAAUUUUGGAAAAACAAAGAUGGCUUUCCGAGACUUCAAACACAACGGAGGCAAAAGUGUACCAUCAGAUUUGUUGCCACUUCUCCACUGCAUACAAACGGUGCCAGUUAGCAAUGCAGAAUGUGAAAGAGGUUUCAGUGUGAUGAACAUAAUAGCUACCAAGAUAAGGAGUUCUCUUUCCAUUCCUCACCUAGCAGAACUUAUGAUGAUUAGCAUAUGUGGUCCUCCACUUCACUUAUGGAAUCCAGUGCCUUAUGUGAAAUCUUGGUUAGCAAAAGGCAGACGAAGUGCUCUUCAAGAUGUCUGCCUAACACGACGGAGAAAAGAGGAUAGCUCCAGUUUCCAGCACUUGUGGCGUUUGUUAUAGGAACAGGACAAUGUUAUAAAAGCACUGGGGCAGGCAAAUCCUUGCAACCCGAAUUGACACCUCAUCUCCUACUUCCUCUGCGGGAUGAACCUUCCAAAGACCACCACCUUGUUAGGAUUCAGUCACCUGGGAAUGGCAAUGACCACCAUCAAAAGACUUCGUCACCAGGGAAUCACAGACUC